AUGUCCGACUACGAAGUGACUUUGGUCAAUGACAGCAUGCAAGAAUUCUAUGUCAGGUUUUAUGGUCCAUCAGAAAGUCCGUCCCACUUUGUCCUCUCCGAAGAAUUGAGAAAGAUGCACCAUAUCCAUGUCGAACUACCGGACCAGUAUCCUUACAAGUCGCCGUCGAUCGGCUUCAUGAACAAGAUUUUCCAUCCGAACAUCGACGAGCUGUCGGGCUCGGUCUGUCUGGAUGUGAUCAACCAGACCUGGUCGCCAAUGUUCGACCUAAUCAACAUCUUCGAAGUAUUUCUGCCCCAGCUGUUACGUUAUCCUAACCCAUCAGACCCGCUUAACGGCGAGGCUGCCGCGACGCUGAUGCGGGACCCCAAGAGCUACGAUACCAAGGUCAAGGACUACGUCCAGAGGUAUGCGACAAAAGAAAAGGCUGACGAGGCCGGCUCGGAGGAAGAUGAAGAAGAGGACGAGAUGAGUGACCUAGGAAGUUUUGGGGAGGAGGAUGACGAGCCGGCGGGCGAGCUUGAGCUGUAA